AUCUUCACCGCCAGGACCACAGACUCCUGACUAUCGACAGCUCUUCUCAGACUUACCGUCACUAUGGCUCGUGGAAACCAGCGUGAGAAAGCGCGUGAGAAAACCCAGAAGGAGAUGGCCGCGCAGAAGAAGAAAAACACCCAGUCUGGCACAGAGUUCGCUCGUACAAAGGAGGCCCAGGCCGCCAUCAUGCGCCAGAAACAAGAAGCAGCAAACGCCAAGAAGGCUGCUGAAGCCUCCAAGAAGAAAUAAAAUUACUCACGCCGUCGCCCACUUGUCUACCUGAUUCGCGACUUUAUGGUUCAUUGAAAUAUAUGGCUGCCUUGGCUUGGGGUUCUCUUUCCUUUCUUGAGCACGGUCCUAAGUAUAUAUGCGCAUAUAUAUUAUGUUUAUAUUUAUAUGUGUAUAUGUCUACUUUUCCCCACCACACAUCUUCUCAAUCUUGAGAUCAGACAAGACAUUCCGAUUUCAAAUCGACAUUGUGAACUAGAAAAGAUACAGGACGAAGAGAGGUUGUUUGUGGUGAGGGCGAAGGAAUGGGAUAAAGGACAAAGUGCAAACCGGAAUGAAUUUGGUUUCCUGAGCCUAUUACAUUGAAUGUUUGAGUGAGUGGUGUGUGUCUGUACGGUCGCUUUUGACUUCUUCUGGAUUUUACAAAGUAUAGGAGUUUUAAAGGAGUGAGUUUUCUUCUCGUUUUACUCGUUUUAACUCGUUUUACUUUCCUAUUUUGAGACGAAAUUGAGGAAGGAAUACCAUUGUUUAUUAUUAUGGCUAUGUUUGGUGCUUUUCUUAGUGAUGGCAUGCGAUGUCUUUCCCACUAUCUCGCUCCCUCUUCUUUUUAGUCUGAAAAGAAUCAGCUUUCUGUGUGGGAGGUCCUACCACCUCAACCCCCACCCCCCCUUUGUCUUACACGUUUUGACUUAUUCCCCCCGAGUUUUGUUGAACAUUCAUUUUGCUUUUGAAUGAUUAAAUUAAUAGUUCUGCCUUUCUAGCUUUUUAAAUUUUGCAGGAUGUCGUUGUCCUCCUUGCUUUUACUUUGCAUUCGUUUCCUCCAUUGCCCAUUGUUUGGAGUCAAUAUACCCUGAGCUACUGGAAGUGUUGUUAUUAGCAAUAGCGUGAUAAUACAAAGGCAGCAGUUGUUGGUUUUAGAAUCAAGUCAAUUUCUCUUCAUCUUUUCUCAACCCUUAGGUCUCAUGGUCCAUCGUCAUUAUAAUAGCAGCUAAAAUAGCUAGCUAGCCCAGGAGGAGCUAGCCAAGGCCCGGUUAUUAAUUUUAUUUCAUGAUUAUUUUUCUAGUUUCAGCCAUUGUCAUUUACCCGGGUUGGGCCGUCAUUCCGCUUCUGCGGCUCUUUUAUUCGACGAACCCAUAUCUUCCAUCGUUGGUUAGAAUAUGAAGAAGAUUUUUCUGUGGCGGUAACGACCGCAGGACCGUGAGCGGCGCCGGUGCCCUCUAUGUCAUGCGCUCCAUUCCCCCCUUCAGACUCCAGAUUCAGCCAAUCAACAUCAACCCCAAACCGCCUGGCAGCAAGAUCCACAAAGAUCCACAACCCUUCUCCAUCCCAUGAAACCUCCGUGCCAAAACGUGCGGUCUUAUUUACAAUCGAUUUCCUCAAUGUAAUCACAUCACCUUUGUCACCCCCUCCACUCCCAUCGUUAUCCCCCACAACUUCCAACAACCAAAGCAAAAAGUUCCAACCAGAAAUAUCCCGUCGGUGAGAGUAUGUGAGACACCAUGAAUGCACUGUCUCAAGAACCAUCCUCGCAAGGAGCCCUAGAUAGAGGGUUACCGGCUGCUGCUGCCCCAUUGUCACCAUAGUUGUUGACAAUAUUUGGCAUCGGGCGAAGGCAAGCGCAUUGGCAAAUAAGCCCAUAAACUCUCGUAGGUAGGCGAACGCAUAAUAAUUUUUUGGGUGAUGCGUGCCCGCCUGCAACACGAUGGAUAGUUCGUAGUCUGUGAUUUGGUUCACGGCAGCUGUAACUGCAGCUACAGCCUUGGUACCAGCCUCAGCCUCAGCAGCAGCUUCAUAAUGCGGCAAAUGAUGGGAACCCGCGAAUGCCGCCACGGGGUCAUCGUGGCAAAAGUCCAAAAGCUGCAUCAUAGUCCAUUUCCGGUGGUACCAUAGAACGGGGGAUUUUGUGUGACGGUGAAGCGGGGAACGGAGGAUUGUUGUUGUAAAUGAGAUUUCGGUAUGGAGAGUGAGUGGGUAAUGGUUUGCAGAGCCGGGGCAUUGUGAUUGCUUUUGUUCUUUCAAGGCGUACAGUCUGCGCUUCCGCCAAUUGCAGGCAGUUAGGUGUUCGGAAUCGAGGAGGAGGAGGAUUUCGGUUUGGAGGAGGAGAGUUUGGGGCGAGUAAUCUUGAUCGAUGUUCGAAUUGCGGGGGGAUUGCGAGGCGUCUUCACGGGGUGCUCCUGGAGAAACAUGUCCUUGAUUGCUACCAGUUUCUGGUUUCCGGGGCAGUUGCUCUAGUGAGGAGAGAGAGGACAAUAUUUGACGUGCUUUUAUGAAGCAUUGUACAAGCGCUUUCUUGGUGAUGCCUAUCUCAUGCCCCUCCUGAAGGAGGUCACCAAAGCCCUCCGGAAGGAAAUGAAUGUCGAAAAUUUGAUUACCUCUGGAGGAAAGGAUCUUUGUUAGGGUCGCAUGAUAGUCUUCUGGUGCGGACAUUUGGGUAUAGGCGGUUAAUAAAUUGGCUGAGUCCUGGAGU